GGGGUCGGGAUGAUGCGGGUAUGCCAUCAUGCGUGACGCCCCAUGACAAAUUGACGUCAACCUCCCGCACCUGAAUUGCCAGUCAGCUUCAAAGCCAGCCUCAUAUUCCGAGUUAAAACAGCGGCGUGCCCAUCAUCCUCUAUCGUUUUCCGCAGCCUUUCAAUCGCAAUUUGUUCUUCAGAACCGACCUCACCUGUAGUCAUCUUCUACCUCUGUCAUCUUUUCACAAGGCACCAGACCUACUGAAUAUGCUGUGCUUUAGCGCCAGCCGCGCCAAUGCGGCCCUGCAGCGGCCUGUCGAUGCGCGCGCUGCUUGCGCUGUGGUGACCCCUGCCAAGGCCAGGAGGCAUCCGUCUGCUGCUGCGCCCAGGAUCGGCCGGCCGGCUCGCUCAGUGUUGGUGUUUGCUGCUGCCGACCCAAGCAUCGACGAUAUCGUCACGCUUGUUGGCAAGGCUCCGGCCAAGCUUCGCCCGAUGUUGUAUGAGGCAAUCGUGAGGCUACAGGCGCAGGUGGCGGCCCUGGCCAAGGAGGUGGCGGCCCUGGCCAAGGAGAAGGAGGCCAAGGUGACGGCCCUGGCCAAGGACAACAUGGACAAGACUGCGAAACUGGCCAGGACCCAGCAACUGCUUGUGGCCACGCUUUGGGCUGCGGGCGUGGUCAACGCCCACUCCUUCCUGGAGCACGUGGUCAAGAUGUGGAGGAUGGAGCAGAUCGGCGGCCAGAACAAGAAGCGCGUGGACGUCUUCAAGGACGGGCUGAAGGAGCGCCCGAAGCUGGUGGCGUGCCUGCUGCGGGACGUGCCCAGCUGGGCGCCCGCCGGCAUGCACGAGGAGAAGCAGGUGGACAGCCUGGCCAACAACCUGGAGGCCAUCUUCGCCGACACCAGCAACGAUAUUCACACGUUCAACCCGGCGAAGGGGCUGAUUCUGAUCAGGGCCGUGCACAACGGGCCCACAGUGGCGGGCCUGGCCUGCUUCGCGGCGGGCGUGGACGUGCCGUGCCACAUCGAGGAGGAGGACGAAACCUCCAUCAUCGAGAAGGACAACAACGGGGCCUCCACGUGAGGGACGGCUUGUGGCGCCUACGGCGGCCCUGGCAAUGCUGGGCACCCGGGCGUGGGCCGCUGUAUGCGUUGGCGUCAUCAGGUAGUUGGGGGCGUUAGUGCCUCGGCCCCAGCACCCAUAUCGGCGGCUGAAAUAGUGUUCGGCGUUACAGGGGAUUGAGCUGUGCACCUGCAGUGCACCGCUGAGGCUUGUGGGGCAAGACAGCCCUGCACGGCGAUGUAUCAGGGGGGGGGGCGAUCUGCAGGGGGAUGGGGGUGGCGGUUUAGCGGCCACUGACUGCCCCAUGCAUUGUGGCCAGCAGGCCUGGUUGGUGCUUUAGCAGCGGCGGGAGCAGUGGCAGCGUUGCCCAUUGGAUGGCAAUGGGCGCGGCCGCGGCAGCAGAAGAGAAGAGGGCCGCAGGUGGGGGUUCAGCUGCGGUUGUCAUGUGUGUCAGGUUCAUUUGGAAAUGCGUUAGUUAUGACAGACAGUGGCAGGCGAUGGGGUUAAAUAAGAAUCUAGUGGAGUGAAUAAACUAAAUCACAACUGAACUGCCGUAAACAGAACAUAGACGCCUUGACACAUGAAGGGACUGCGUUGGCUGACUGCUCACUGUGGACGCACACGUCGGGAGGCAGGCGGCAACACUUAUGUGUGGGUGCGUGCGUGUGGGUGCGUGUUAGUGAGUGUGUGUGUGGGGGGGGGGGGGGGUAGUGUACUCCAGAAACCAGAAGCAAGCAAGCCAUUACCAAAGCAUUGGGUACGGCCGUGCGGGUUGUGCGCCACCAUGUAGUAGAGUGUGCUUUUAAAUGCUCCGAAUUCAAUAAUGAUUUCGGAGACUGUGCAGGAGUAUGCAUUCAUAGCAUUCGGUCGAGUGCUAUGUUCGUGGUGUGUCUCUUUGGAGCGUUGGGCCGCUGCCAAGCUGUGUUUGUGUGCCAAAUUGCUCACUGUCGACCUAUGCAUGCUCAAACAGUUCACCGCAUGCAGUUUAUGCACAACCGCUGCUACGACUUUUGUACCCAGCCUUGGCUUGCAUGAGCUUUUUGUGUUGUAGAAUGUGGGGGUGUAUUGCCAAGUGUAUGUGUGUGCUCGUGUGUGCAAGAGAGAGAGGGAGUGUGUAGGAUUUAUGGCCUGGUGUAUUGCCGUGUGCGGUGGAAGCAUUUCCAAGCAUACGCCGUAAUGUUUUUCUGAUCAUGUUGAAGGUGGUUGGACGUGAUAGCUGGACAUUUCUUGGCGGGCGGUGCCUGUGCAAACCGACCCCAGCUAUGUCUGGGAGAUGAGGCAUGCUUCGGAACCUUCGGCCUCAGACGAGUACACGCGGUGUGGGCUCAGCUCACUUUUCCCCAUUGGGGCAACCGCCUUUCUUGUCUGAUCGUGGAUGACUUGGUAGUGCGGUAUCGCAAUGCGAACAAUGGUAUGACCUGCGUGUUGCCGGACCUGCAUCUGUGGGCUGGUUGGUGAGCAUUUCCGCAGCCUAGUUCUACCCCGCCCGGCUCACGUGCUGCGUUGCGUUGAUUUCCCGCGGUCCGGACAUAUAUGCGAUGUGGUUUAAUGUUGUUGCAGGAUUGGAAGUGUGCUCAGGAGAUUAGCUAACGAAAUGCGAAUGCAAAAUCGACCAGUCGUUACUAUUGCGGAUUACAAGCAGGGGACGGUGUAAACACCGUCUUCG